AUGUCUGCCGCUCUCUCAGGUGUGUCCACGCUCUCGCGCCGUGCGCAGGAGUGCUCGAAACCCCCAGAAUCGCCACUGUGGCAUGUAUACACCGACCAGUGGCAUCCGUCGUCGAAUCCGGGCGGCUUUGUCAACGUUGGCGUGGCGGAGAACAGCCUCAUGCACGAAGAACUGGAAGCCUAUAUCCGGACCAGCACGCGUGUCCCGCAGACAGCAUUCACCUACGGCGACGGGCCGCGUGGAUCAAAGAGGCUUCAGAGGGCUGUGGCUCGGUUCCUCAAUCGCCGGCUGCGUCCGGCGCUGCCCGUGGAGAGUGAGCACGUCGUCAUCACGAAUGGCGUCUCCCACGCCAUCGAGCAUGCCUCUUGGGCCUUCUGUAACCCCGGCGACGGCUUUCUGCUCGGCCGUCCGUACUACCGCGCUUUCAUCCCGGACAUCUCGCUGCGUCCCGGUGUCGAGGUCCUCACGGUCUCGUUUGGCUCGGUAGAUCCCAUGGGCGUGCAAGCUGUCGUCAAGUACGAAGACGCCAUUCUCGCGGCGCGAGAACGGGGCGUCCACGCAAAAGCCCUCAUGCUGUGCUCGCCGCACAACCCGCUCGGGCGAUGUUACUCCCGUGAAGCCCUUGUUGCCUACAUGCGCCUCUGCCAAAAGUACCAGAUCCACCUCGUCAGCGACGAGAUCUAUGCCUUCUCUACUUGGGAAAACCGUCACGAUUCGUCUCCUCCGCCCGUCUACUUCACCUCGGUCCUGUCGAUUGCGCCAGAGGGCAUCAUCGAUCCUCUCCUCGUCCAUGUCCUGUGGGGGAUGAGCAAAGACUUUGGUGCCAACGGUCUCCGCGUUGGGUACAUUAUUUCGCAGUAUAACGAAGCCUUUCGCGAGGCUCUGCUGGAGGUUGCAAUCUAUUCCUACGCGUCAUCUGUCGCAGAGCACAUCGCGGCCAAUAUGCUGGAAGACGAUGCGUGGGUGAACAGUUAUAUCCAACUGAAUCAAGCCCGGCUGGCCGAGUCAUAUAGCCUUGUUGUCGAGUUUCUCGACAAGCACAACAUCCCAUAUACGCCCGGGGCCAACGCCGCGUUUUUCCUCUGGGUGGAUCUUGGUAAGGCAUACCUGGAACGACAUCCGGAACGCCGGCCAAAUUCCGGUGAAGCUCAGGCUGAUGACGGGACGAGCGCCGAGAUCACCCAACUGCUCAUGAAGAACAGAGUGUUCUUGGGCGGAGGCGCAGUCUUUGGCGCCGAGACUCCUGGGCUAUUUCGCAUCGUGUUCAGCCAUCCAAGACCAUACAUACAAGAGGCGCUUCGAAGGAUUGUCAAAGCGAUAGGAGCCGCUGACGUCGAAUGA